AUGAGGAGAGCCACAUCCGACUACCAGCUACCAGGCACCAUUGACCAGUACAGUACCAUCUCACUGACGGUGUCGGCCGCCGCUCCACUCAGCGGGCCUACGUCUAAUUAUACCCGGCCACCUCCCAACUACCAGCAUCCAGCUACCAGCUACCAGCCAACAGGCACCAUUGACCAGUACAGUACCAGGCCACCUCCCACCUACCAGCAUCCGACUAACAGGUACCAGCCAACAGGCACCAUUGACCAGUACAGUACCAUGCCACCUCCCACCUACCAGCAUCCGACUACCAGCUACCAGCCAACAGGCACCAUUGACCAGUUCAGUACCAUCUCACUGACGGUGUCGGCCGCCGCUCCACUCAGCGGGCCUAAGUCUAAUUAUACCAGGCCACCUCCCACCUACCAGCAUCCGACUAACAGGUACCAGCCAACAGGCACCAUUGACCAGUACAGUACCAGGCCACCUCCCACCUACCAGCAUCCGACUACCAGCUACCAGCCAACAGGCACCAUUGACCAUUGCAGUACCCGGCCACCUCCCACCUACCAGCAUCCGACUACCAGCUACCAGCCAACAGGCACCAUUGACCAGUACAGUACCAGGCCACCUCCCACCUACCAGCAUCCGACUACCAGCUACCAGCCAACAGGCACCAUUGACCAGUACAGUACCAGGCCACCUCCCACCUACCAGCAUCCGACUACCAGCUACCAGCCAACAGGCACCAUUGACCAGUACAGUACCCGGCCACCUCCCACCUACCAGCAUCCGACUACCAGCUACCAGCCAACAGGCACCAUUGACCAGUACAGUACCAGGCCACCUCCCACCUACCAGCAUCCGACUACCAGCUACCAGCCAACAGGCACCAUUGACCAGUACAGUACCAGGCCACCUCCCACCUACCAGCAUCCGACUACCAGCUACCAGCCAACAGACAGCUACCAGCCAACAGGCACCAUUGACCAGUACAGUACCAGGCCACCUCCCACCUACCAGCAUCCGACUACCAGCUACCAGCCAACAGGCACCAUUGACCAGUACAGUACCAGGCCACCUCCCACCUACCAGCAUCCGACUACCAGCUACCAGCCAACAUGCACCAUUGACCAUUACAGUACCCGGCCACCUCCCACCUACCAGCAUCCGACUACCAGCUACCAGCCAACAGGCACCAUUGACCAGUACAGUACCAGGCCACCUCCCACCUACCAGCAUCCGACUACCAGCUACCAGCCAACAGGCACCAUUGACGGGUACAGUAGGCCUACCAGCAUCCGACUACCAGCUACCAGCCAACAGGCACCAUUGACCAGUACAGUACCACCUCCAGUGUCAAUUCCUCCUUUUCAUCUCCAGGCCAAUGAAGCUGGCAACGUAACUUACGCCCUAGAAAGAGUGUCAGUCAUGUUAUAA